GCUAUUUACUCUUUUCUGUCAUCUCUAUUUUGCGCGGCAUAAUUUUUGUCUGAUUUAUAUUUUCCUUGGGGUUUUUAACUACAUUAUGGCAAAUCAGGACGUAUUAAGUCAAGGGGCCAAGCAGAGAUUUGUGGAGACUGCUGCGAGGGCCAAGAAUCCACUAGAAUCUCUAAACUACCAAAGCUACAAGGCUCCCAGCGGAGAAGAAUACAAACUGAUAUGUCGAACGAAGACGGAAGCUGAUUCCAAAUUGCUGAAAUGGGCUUUUAAGCUGGCCGAAACCAACGUGGGGCCCUAUUACAAACAGCUGAAGAUGGGCUGGCAGCCAAAAAUCAAAUCCGCCGAGCUGAACAAAAACUGGGCUCGUUAUUUGGUGGCCCAGAACGAGAAGAAGGAAAACGUAGCCUAUGCCAUGUUUCGUUUUGAUAUGGAUCACGGGGACUGUGUUUUAUAUUGCUACGAAAUGCAAGUGGCAGCGGAGCACCGAAGAAAAGGCCUGGGGAAGUUCAUUAUGAACAUUUUAGAGGACUGCGCCCGUCUCUGGCAUCUAGAAAAAAUUAUGCUGACUGUCCUGAACAACAAUGAACCAUCCAUUUCCUUCUUCAAGCAACUGGGUUACGUGAAAGAUGAAAUCUCCCCGGAUGUCUUAGAACAAGCCGAUUAUCAAAUUUUCAGCAAAUCGAUGCUGAGCUAAGUAUUUAUUGGACUCCAGAGAUUAUAGACACAACUAGUAACUAGUA